CUGGGGUUCUGCUCUCUCCCAGGUCAUGAGUGUCUUGCUGUUCAUUGAGCAUGUGGUGGAGGUGGCCCGCGGGAAGGUCUCCUGCAGGUUUUCCAAGAUGCCAUACCUCAGGAUCGCCGACCUGCUCUCCAGCUUCCUGCUCAUUGGAGUGCUCUUCGCCAUCAGCAUCAGCCUGCUGUUCGGAGUGGUCAAGAACCGGGAGAAGUACCUGAUCCCCUUCCUGUCCCUUCAAAUCAUGGACUUCCUGCUGUGCCUGCUCACACUGCUGGGUUCCUACAUCGAGUUGCCAGCCUACCUGAAGCUCGCCACCCGGCCCCGGCCCGGUCCCUCGAAGGUCCCCUUGAUGACCCUGCAGCUGCUCGACUUCUGCCUGAGCAUUCUGACCCUGUGCAGCACCUACAUGGAAGUACCCACCUACCUUAACUUCAAGUCCAUGAACCACAUGAAUUAUCUCCCGAGCCAGGAGGGCAUGCCACACAGCCAGUUUGUCAACAUGAUGAUCAUCUUCUCAGUGGCCUUUGUCACUGUGCUCAUCCUGAAGGUGAGUGCCCCCCCCACCCCCCAUUCUGUGAGCAUGGUAAGGUUGUGCAUUGGCUCAGGUUCCCCAUUAAUGGACUGUGAGGAAGCUCAGGAUAAGUGUCUCCGGAACUCCCCCAGCAUCUGCACCUUCUUGGGCAUUCUGGAAGGCAGGGAACCCCAGGUGAAACUCCCCGCUCCCUACCGGACCUCUCACCGUCAACGCUGUUCCUCUGCCCGAGAUGCCCCGCCCCACCUCACCACGCAGCCAACUGCAGCUACUCCCUCACCACGCAGUCCAGGUAUCGCCUCCUCUGGAUAA